ACAACUUAAAAAAACAAACAAACUGGUGAAAAGAAAAUCCCUAGUGUGUCCUUUGUGUGCUUUCCUCGAGACUUUUAGCUGACAUGGGUAAUGGAAUAAAUAAGAUCCUGCCUGAUCUGUAUCUCGGAAACAUCAAAGUAACAAGUGUGAGCAAGUACCAAAGACUUUUACAGUAUGCACGAGACAGGGAGCUGUUGGCGCAGCACAACAUCACCCACAUCCUAUCCAUCCAUGACACAGCUGCACCCAUCCUGGAGGACAUGACGUACCUGUGUAUAUCUGCUGCUGACCACUCAAAGCAAAACCUGAUUCAGUACUUCAGAGACAGCAUCAUGUUUAUCCACGAGUCCCGACUGAAAGGAGAGGGUUGCCUCGUUCACUGUGUGGCAGGAGUGUCCCGCAGUGUGACUCUGGUGGUGGCUUACAUCAUGACGGUGACGGGUCGCGGCUGGGUGGAGUCUCUGGCGGCGGUGAGGGCGGCGCGGCCGUGUGCGGGGCCCAACCUGGGCUUCCUCCGGCAGCUGGAGGAGUUUGAAAACACAGAACUGACAGAAUAUCAGGCCUGGUGGAAGGAACGAUACGGGAAGAACUCGUUCAACGAUGACGAGGAGAUGGAAAACCUUUUAACUCGGAAAUCCAACAGCAGCAGCAGCAAUAGCAUAACAACCAGCAUCACACCUGAGCUUGGCACAAGUGGCACCUGAAAGAAAUGUCUUCUAAGAGUCUCGUCUUUCGUGAAAUCAAGCCAUUGAAGGACUGUUAUUAUUAUCAUUAUUAUAAUUAUUAUCAGCUGCUUUUCUUCAUCAUCAACCCUGCAGAGUAAAGCUACAUCAGGAACCUGUUCUGUAUCCAUAUUACGAUGAAUCUCAUGUUUGCAGAAAGGCUGAGGAGUCAUGUGAGUGGGGGGGAAUUUUUUUUUAUGCCAUUAUCUCAGCCCCUCUUGUCAUGUCAUGUCCUCGCCUCUAACUGUCAAAAACACAUGCAAGGGCAGUCAAGCAUGACACCAAGGAAAUAUGUACAUACAGUCCACAGUGUGAACACACAUUUAGCAGCGUUCCCUCCCCCGGUUAGUUAUGUUAUGUUGUGUUGACUUGACUUGAAAUAUGAGUAUUACUUUCUGUAGACAGUGUGGGAGCUGAAGAAUACUGUAUCAGUAUCCAGUAAAACAGUAUCAGAAGCAGUAUUUAUUCAUAAAUCAGUUUUAUUCCUUAAUGUUUAUUUUUGUUUGUGUUGUAAAAAUGUGUUCAUGGUCUAAAUUAGACUCUCAAUUAUAACAUCUUGUGGAGUUACUGAUUGCCACCUACAUUUCUGCUCCAGAUUAUAUAGGCAUUUUACACAUGUAUUUGCAUUUUAUUUAAUAAAAUCCAUUAAUUGA